GACACAAAGCUGUCAAAAUUUUAAACAUCAGUUAUAGAUUAUAUUACAUAUAUUUGAAGGAAACUGAAUGCCAUAAAUAAUAUCAAAUUAUAAGAAUGUUAACCUUAAGUUUACUUCGAAAUAGCACAUUAAGGUUGCUAUUCCAACAGCUUCCUAAAAAAAUUACCACUGAAUGCGGUUCAGAGAAACUUUUGAAAGAAAAAGUUGAAGCCUCAGGUGACCCUAACUAUAUUGAGUUCCUCCCAUCCUGGAAUCCAGAUGAGGAAGUGGAUCUCCGUGCGGACGUGUCGCGGCACAUGCGGGUAAUACCGGACUUCGUGAAUGAAACGGAAGAGGCGGCACUGCUGGCCGACGUUGAACCCAAGCUUAAAAGAAUGCGCUAUGAAUAUGACCACUGGGACAAUGCUAUAGAAGGCUACCGUGAAACGGAGCGAGAUUCUUGGAGCCCCCUGUGUUCAGAGGUGUUGUCCCGAGUGCGGCGUUUGUUCCCCGCUGGAGCAUCACUGCUGCCGCAAGUGCAUGUCCUUGAUUUGGCCGCUGCCGGGCAUAUUAAACCCCACAUUGACGCUGUCAGAUUUUGCGGUAACACUAUUGCUGGGUUAUGUCUGCUGUCAAGCGCCGUGAUGCGUCUUACACACGAAAAGAAACCGCAUAUUCAGUUGGACGCGCUGCUGGAACGACGAGCUCUCUACAUCAUGAGCGGUGUGGCUCGCUACGAAUUCUCUCAUGCGGUUUUGGGUGGUGAGCACAGUUUCUUUCGCGGGAAACGUGUCAUCCGCGGACGGCGAGUCGCCGUGAUAUGCAGAGAACAACCCGAUAAGUCUACAUCUGGGUAGUGAAAGUAUUAGUUAUUGUUGAGUUUUUAAUCUAUUUUCCCCUCAUUUCAUUUACAAACAAUUUUUACUUUGAACUUAAUUGAGCUAUUAAAAUGAUAUCGUUAUUUAGCUAUAUAUAAUUUUAGUGUCAGUAUUAUAGACAAAAUUUAGGUAUUGUUUUUUUAAUUAAGAUAGUUUAUAAAUAUACUCAUACAGUUUGUACAGAUAAUAAAUUUUUAUAAAUGUUGACCAAAA